CAGAGUGUGUUUAUUGUAGUUAAUGAAACAAUCGAUCAUGGAAAUGUUAAAAUUGUUAGCAUUUAUUUUUGUUAUUCCAGCAUGUUUUGCAGAGGAAAAAACUGACGCCAAACUGAUUAGUAAAAUAAUAAAAAAUGUGGGAGAAUGUGCAGCAGACUCUAAUAUUGACUUUGACCUUUGUUCAGAAAUGUUUGAAGCAGAUGCCAAGCAUGAUGAUCCUAAAUACAAUCCAUGCAAAUGUAUGAUAUCAUGUGUUUCGAAGAAGAUGAAUGUGAUGUCAGAAGAUGGAAAAUUCAAGGAAGAUGAAAGUUUAAAAAUCAUAAACGACUUAAAAACACCAGGUUAUAAAGAAGAAGCAUUAAGAGUUUAUGAAAUAUGUAAAAAUCCCGAAGGAACAAACUGUGAGGCUGGUUUCAACAAGGUGAAAUGUGUUAUGACUAACUCAGAGAAAGCACGAAAUUUAACAAUGCAGCUGGUGAAAACAAUGCAAGGAAAAGCUUAAACUAGUCAUUUAGCAAUCAAAGAUUUAUUAAUUAUGAAAUAAUAAAUAUCUAUUUAAACACAGAACUUUCCUGUAAUCCUAAAG